AUGCAAGACACAUUCAGUGAGCUUCCACAGGGCGCGGACGAUAAUACGAUUAGAAGGUGGUCAGGUUAUCAGCCAACAUUGAGUGAGAAGGGGUCUCAAGUCGCGCAUUAUAGGCUCAAGAUAGAUUUACUUCAGGUUAAGGAUAUAAGUUUUGUGGAGAUGUCGUGUCAGGACACGUUCGAGUCAACAGGUCGACGUGGAAGGAGAGGCGGAGAGGAUGAUGGUGAUGGUGGAGACGAGGGUGGUGAUUGUGAGGAUGAUAGUGCAGAUGGAGGAGGUGGCAGUGGAUAUAAUAGUGGUGACGAUGGUGGACAUGAUGGUGGAAUGGGUGGUGGUAGUGGAGGAGGUGAGGGUGGUAGUGGUGGAGGAGCUGGCGGUAGUCUCAAUGAAAAUUGUUAUGGUUAUGGUGGUGGUGGAGACAAUGGUUAUAGUGGUGGCGGAUUAGCUGGUGAUGGAGGUGGCGGUGAUGGUGAUUAUUUUUUUAGCAGUGACAUGGCGAUGCACGAGAGCCAGACGCAUUAG